AAAAAUAGGCGCUGUUAUUUGGAUACCACCUGCAACUGAAGGUGAAACCCUAAUUGCCUACAAUUGGAUCUUCCAAUAAAACCCUAACUUUGAUUUGAACAGUUCUCCUAUAUUACCGUACACUAUAUGUCAAGCUAGGGCAUUGGCUAACUGGGAAAUCUCCGUUUCAGCAUUCAGGUUCGCCAAUUUCAGAGCAGAAUUGAAGGAAAGCUCAACAUUAUUAGUAGGAGAAUUUUGUUUGGUUUAGCUUGGAAGCGGAAUAGUUUUAGGGAUGGAAGAAUCUCCAACACCUGCGAAACGAAAAGAACCUGAAGCGUCAGAGAUCACAGAAACUCCCACAGAUGAAUCUUCCCUGAAGCGAAGGCAUUUGACUCGAACAUGUGUGCAUGAGGUUGCAGUUCCCAGUGACUAUGCUUCGACCAAGGAUGAGUCGGUUUAUGGAACCCUUUCGAAUCCUGUGUAUAAUGGCGAGGCGGCCAAGACAUACCAAUUUACCCUUGACCCAUUUCAGCAGAUUUCUGUGGCAUGCUUAGAACGGAAAGAGUCAGUUUUAGUCUCCGCCCAUACUUCAGCAGGUAAGACUGCAGUCGCGGAGUAUGCAAUUGCCAUGGCUUUUAGAGACAAGCAGAGGGUUAUAUAUACUUCGCCAUUGAAGGCUUUGAGCAAUCAGAAAUAUAGAGAGCUCAGCCAGGAGUUUGAAGAUGUUGGAUUGAUGACUGGAGAUGUUACACUCUCACCUAAUGCUAGUUGUUUGGUUAUGACAACUGAGAUCCUUAGGGGAAUGCUUUACAGGGGUUCCGAGGUUUUAAAGGAAGUCGCCUGGGUUAUCUUCGAUGAAAUUCACUACAUGAAGGAUCGUGAAAGAGGGGUUGUUUGGGAAGAGAGUAUUAUAUUUAUGCCUCCUGCUGUUAAAAUGGUUUUUCUUUCAGCCACAAUGUCCAAUGCGACUGAGUUUGCAGAGUGGAUUUGUAAUUUGCACAAACAGCCUUGUCAUGUGGUGUACACAGAUUUUCGACCAACUCCUCUGCAGCAUUACGUUUUUCCAGUGGGUGGGAACGGGUUGUAUCUUGUGGUCGAUGAGAAUGAACAAUUCAGGGAGGAAAAUUUUGUGAAGCUACAUGAUACUUUCUCAAAGCAGAAAUUGGGUGAUGGUCACAGGAAUAACAAGGCAAGUGGGAGACUUGCAAAAGGUGGGACUGCAUCUGGGGGUUCUGACAUAUUCAAAAUUGUGAAGAUGAUUAUGGAACGGAAAUUUCAGCCAGUUAUAAUUUUCAGCUUCAGUAGAAGAGAGUGUGAACAACAUGCGAUGUCCAUGUCUAAGCUUGAUUUUAACAGCCAAGAUGAAAAAGAUGCUGUUGAACAGGUUUUUCGUAAUGCAAUACUCUGCUUAAACGAGGAAGACAGGGAGUUGCCUGCUAUUGAGUUAAUGCUGCCACUCCUUCAACGAGGAAUUGCCGUUCAUCAUUCUGGCCUUCUACCUGUUAUCAAGGAACUGGUAGAACUUCUUUUCCAAGAAGGCCUUGUAAAAGCCCUUUUUGCUACUGAGACAUUUGCAAUGGGCUUAAACAUGCCAGCAAAAACUGUUGUUUUCACAGCUGUUAAGAAGUGGGAUGGUGAUAGUCAUCGAUAUAUCGGAUCUGGUGAGUAUAUUCAGAUGAGUGGAAGGGCUGGGCGUCGUGGCAAAGAUGAGCGGGGUAUUUGUAUCAUAAUGAUUGAUGAACAGAUGGAAAUGAACACACUAAAGGAUAUGGUUUUGGGUAAACCAGCUCCUCUAGUUAGCACUUUCAGACUCAGCUAUUACUCAAUUUUGAAUUUGUUGAGCCGUGCGGAAGGCCAAUUCACAGCUGAACACGUGAUAAAGAAUUCAUUCCACCAAUUUCAGUAUGAAAAGGCUUUGCCUGGUAUAGGGGAAAAGGUUUCAAAGCUUGAGCAGGAAGCGGCUUUGCUUGAUGCAUCAGGAGAGGCUGAAGUUGCUGAGUAUCAUAAGAUAAAACUUGAUAUAGCUCAACUUGAGAAGAAAAUGAUGUCAGAGAUAACGAGGCCUGAAAGAGUUCUGUAUUUUCUUCUUCCUGGCCGCCUGGUCAAGAUUAGGGAAGGUGGUACAGAUUGGGGCUGGGGAGUUGUAGUUAAUGUGGUAAAAAAGCCUUCAUCCGGGUUAGGCACACUGUCCUCGCGUGCUGGUGGGUAUAUAGUGGAUACUUUGCUCCACUGUUCUCCUGGUUCAAGUGAGAACAGUUCACAGCCAAAGCCUUGCCCUCCUCGCCCUGGAGAAAAGGGUGAAAUGCAUGUAGUCCCUGUACAAUUGCCCCUGAUUUCUGCUCUAAGCAAACUCAGAAUAUCUAUUCCCUCUGAUUUGCGGCCGUUAGAGGCAAGGCAAAGUAUUCUUCUAGCAGUUCAGGAGCUGGGAACUCGUUUUCCACAAGGUCUUCCAAAGCUGAAUCCUGUAAAGGAUAUGGGCAUUGAAGAUCCUGAAAUUGUUGAGUUAGUCAAUCAAAUAGAGGAUCUUGAACAGAAAUUAUACGCACAUCCACUGCAUAAGUCUCAAGAUGCGAACCAGAUUAAAUGCUUUCAAAGGAAAGCAGAGGUGGAUCAUGAAAUUCAACAACUUAAGUCCAAAAUGCGUGAGUCCCAGCUUCAAAAAUUUCGUGAUGAACUUAAGAACCGUUCACGGGUCUUGAAGAAGCUUGGUCACAUUGAUGCCGAGGGUGUUGUCCAGUUAAAGGGGCGGGCAGCCUGCUUGAUAGACACAGGAGACGAGCUCCUUGUUACUGAACUGAUGUUUAAUGGUACAUUCAAUGAUUUGGAUCAUCAUCAAAUUGCGGCAAUCGCAAGUUGUUUUAUUCCAGUAGAUAAAUCAAAUGAGCAGAUACAAUUGAGGACGGAGCUUGCUAGACCAUUACAACAACUCCAAGAGAGUGCUAGAAGAAUAGCAGAGAUACAACAUGAAUGCAAAUUAGAUGUAAACAUUGAAGAGUACGUGGAAUCAACAGUGCGACCAUUCUUGAUGGAUGUGAUUUAUUGUUGGUCAAAGGGUGCAAGUUUCGCAGAGGUUACACAAAUGACAGAUAUAUUUGAGGGUAGUAUCAUCAGAGCUGCUAGAAGACUUGAUGAAUUUUUGAACCAGUUGCGUACUGCUGCUCAGGCUGUGGGAGAAGUUGCUUUGGAAGAGAAAUUCACUGGAGCAAGCGAAAGCCUCCGGCGAGGUAUCAUGUUUGCAAAUUCCCUGUAUCUGUAGAUUUCUUCCUGCAGGCCAUCUCAGGCAUGGUGGAGACAAAGGUUUCCGUCACAGUAGUGAUGACUGGUUGCCUAGGCUGAUAUGAUAAGUUAUGUUUCUAUUUGUUCCCUAUAAUUUUUGUUACUGUAUCAAGUUUCUUCCGUUGGCCCAUAAUUUAGACUUGUAUUCUAAGAUUGCUUUUCUUCAAGCUCUCAGAGUUACUCGCAUCCUUCAUUGUAGAACAAGAUCCUAACCACUAAAAGCACAAAAUGUGGAAAAAAGAUUAUUUUUCA